UUCCGCUCCCACCCACCCACUGAUAUAAACUGGUUGACUAUUGGAUAAAAUAUUGACCAAUAAGAAUCGACCCAAAGCCCACAUUCCUCUUGGUCAGUACCGGAACUGACCAAGAGGAACGUAGGCUUUUGAAUGGUUCAUAUAAUAUAAUCAAAUGCAGUUCAUAAUUAGGUCGACCAUAGGUAGGUCGGCUCUUGGGAAUCGAGGAUUUCAAAAGAUGGCAGGUGUAAGUUAUAUCGAUGGAGCCCAGAUCAAAGGUCUAUUGAAGUAUCCUGAGUUGAUAACUGCAGUAGAAAAUGCUUUGAGAGACUUCUCGGACAAAGAUCAGGGCCAAGUUGUGCAACCUUUGCGAAGUAGGAUACCGGUUGAGCAACACAAAGGAUUGUUUUUGGCCAUGCCAGGAUUUUCUGGAAAAGCAAGUGCACUUGGUACAAAGCUGGUAUCUGUCUAUCCAGAGAAUGACAAGAAGGGCUUACCCUCUCAUCAAGCAAUAGUACUUUUGUUUAAUCCAGAAAAUGGAUCACUACAAGCUCUGAUGGAUGGAGAAGUCAUCACAGAAAUGAGAACAGCAGCAGCUUCAGCAGUAGCUACAAAGUAUCUUGCUAAUAAAGAUGCCAAAGUGCUAGCAAUCCUUGGUUCAGGAACUCAGGCAAGAAGUCAUGCCGAAGCGAUGAGACAUGUGAAAUCAUUCACAGAGGUGAAAGUGUGGAGCCGCACAGCUGCUAAUGCUCAGAAGUUUGCAGAAGACAUCCAGGCAAAGUGCUGCGGUUCGGUUGAGGAAGCUGUGUCUGAAGCAGAUGUGAUAGUAACAGCUACCUUUGCUACUGAACCUAUUCUGAAAGGAAAGUGGGUCAAGGAAGGAGCUGUUAUAAAUGCCGUCGGAGCACCUCGUCCAAUGUGGCGGGAACUGGACGACGAUCUUAUGCGAACUAGUUUUAUCGUUGCUGACAGUAAAGAAGCUGCUUUGGCAGAAGCUGGUGACGUCGUGCAAACGGAGGCCACUGUAGAAGGCGAAGUUGGUGAUGUUAUUUCUGGUCAUCUAAAAGUACCCUUGACGAAAACGAAAAUCUUUAAAUCACUGGGACUUGCCGUCGAAGACGUCGUAACAGCGAAGCUGGUUUACGACAUGCUACAGGGUGGACAAUGAAAGCCGUUCUUGCUAAUUGUUUUUAAUAAACAAAAAACAACAACAAAAAAAAAAAAAAAA